AUGAAGGUAGCCAGUGUGUGGAUCCCAUCAAGUAAAGCCUUCUCGGGCAGAGAAGAAUGGAUCCAGCAAGAGAUAAAAAGAAUAACUAGCCUCUGGAUCACUCAUUGGAGACUGUAUUUUGAUGGUUCUUGCACUCAAAAUGCUGCUAGAGCUGCGAUUGUCAUCAUUGAUCCCAAAGAUACUCAUCAUUGUUAUUCAUUCCUCCUGGAUUAUCAACAGACUACCAACAAUCAGGUGGAGUUUAAGGCAUUGAUAAUCCUGGAAAUCUUGAUAGAGUUGGGGCCAACUAAAGUUGUGGUGUUUGGUGAUUCAGAAUUGGUGAUCAAUCAGUUAAAUGGAGAAUACAAGUGCAGGCACAUCACCAUAGCUGGUUAUUACUUGGCGGCCACUCAAUUGUUGAGUUAUUAG